ACCUUCAUCCAAUGGCCAAGAACGUUUUUUGGGUAGGUACCAAAGUGGUACCGUAGAAAUUUCCUGAACCCAGAAAUUGCAUCUAGGCAAAUACAAACCAGUGUGCUGCAGCUUAGUGGUGUCAUUCUGUAUUCUGGUUACAGAUAUGGCGGACGCACUCCUCUCGGCUUCGCUUCAACUUCUAUUCGACAGAUUGGCUUCUCCGGCGUUCAUAAACUUCCUUGGGCGACAGAAUCACAUCGAUGAACUCCUCAGCGAGUUGAAGAGGAAAUUGCUGGUUGUCCACAAAGUGCUCGAUGAUGCGGAGGUGAAGCAAUUUUCAAACCCAAAUGUCAAAAAUUGGUUGGUCCAUGUCAAGGAUGUUGUGUAUGAUGCGGAAGACCUAUUAGACGAGAUCGCUACCGACGCUUUGCGGUGCAAGGUGGAAGCUGCUGACUCCCAAAUCGGCGGGACUCAUAAGGCGUGGAAAUGGAACAAGUUCUCUGCUUGGGUUAAGGCUCCAUUUGCUACUCAAAGCAUGGAGUCCAGGGUGAAUGGGAUGAUUGAGAAACUUGUGUCUAUUGCUCAAGAAAAAGUUGGGCUCGGGCUGAAAGAAGGUGGGGGCGAGAAACUGUCACCAAGAUCAUCAAUAUCCACUUCGUUGGAGGAUGAGUCCCUUGUUUUCGGCAGGGAUGAAAUUCAGAAGGAGAUGGCUGACUGGUUGCUUUCUGAUAAUGCAACAGGCGACAACAUGGAAGUGAUGUCCAUAGUCGGCAUGGGCGGCAGCGGCAAGACCACUCUUGCUCGGCUUCUCUAUAACGAUGACCGAGUGAAAGAACACUUCCACUUGAAAGCAUGGGUCUGUGUUUCCACUGAGUUUCUUCUUAUCAAGGUCACCAAAUCAUUUCUGGAGGAAAUCGGUUCUAAAACUGAUUCUGACAAUCUAAAUAAGCUUCAGCUUGAACUCAAAGACCAACUUAGUAACAAGAAAUUUCUGCUUGUUCUUGACGACGUCUGGGAUUUGAAACCUCGUGAUUGGGAAGGUUGGGAUAUGGAGCCUAGUGAUGGUGAAGGUUGGGAUAGGCUACGAACUCCACUCCUUGCUGCAGCACAGGGAAGCAAGAUUGUUGUGACCAGUCGUAAUGAAUCUAUUGCAACAACUAUGCGUGCAGUCCAGACUCGUCAUCUGGGACAAUUAAGCCCUCAAAAUUGUUGGAGGCUAUUUGAAAAGCUUGCAUUUGAGGACAGAGACUCCAACGCAUUCCUUGAGCUUGAACCCAUAGGCAGACAGAUUGUGGACAAGUGCCAAGGAUUGCCUUUAGCUGUAAAAGCACUCGGCCGUCUCUUGCACUCUAAGGUCGAAAAAAGGGAAUGGGAGAAUGUCUUGAACAGUGAAAUAUGGCAUCUGCGGAGUGGUCCUGAAAUUCUUCCAUCUUUGAGAUUGAGCUAUCAUCAUCUUUCUCUACCUCUAAAGCAUUGUUUUGCAUAUUGUUCAAUUUUUCCCCGGAACCAUGAAUUCGACAAAGAGAAGCUGAUUUUAUUAUGGAUGGCAGAAGGUCUUCUGCAUCCACAACUAAGCGACAGAAGGAGAAUGGAAGAGAUAGGUGAGUCGUAUUUUGAUGAGCUUCUUGCAAAGUCAUUCUUUCAAAAAUCUAUUAGAAAAAAAGGAUCAUGCUUUGUAAUGCAUGAUCUAAUACAUGAAUUGGCUCAACACGUGUCUGGAGAUUUUUGUGCUCGAGUGGAAGAUGAUGAUAAGGUACCAAAAGUAUCUGAGAAGACUCGUCACUUUUUGUACUUCAAAACUGAUUAUGACCAAAUGGUUGCAUUUAAAAAGUUUGAGGCUAUUACUAAAGCUCAAUCUCUUCACACAUUCUUAGACGUGAAGCCAUCACAAUACGAGCCUUCUUAUAUUUUGAGUAAAAGAGUUUUGCAAGAUAUAUUGCCAAAAAUGAGGUGUCUACCGUGUUGUCGUUGCGAGAAUAUAAAAUAAUCGAUUUGCCUAAAUCGAUAGGCAAUUUGAAACAUUUACGUUACUUGGAUCUAUCUUUCACAAUGAUUCAAAAAUUACCUGAAUCAGUAUGCUAUUUGUGCAAUUUACAAACAAUGAUACUAAGAAGGUGUUCAUGUCUUAAUGAAUUACCUUCAAGGAUGGGGAAGUUGAUUAAUUUGCGUCAUCUUGAUAUUUUUGGAUGUGAUUCAUUGAAAGAAAUGUCCAAUCAUGGUAUUGGUCAAUUAAAAAGUUUACAAAGGUUGACUUAUUUUAUUGUGGGCCAAAAGAGUGGAUUAAAAAUCGGAGAAUUAAGGGAGCUUCCAGAGAUUCGAGGAGCACUUUAUAUUUCAAACAUGAAGAACGUUGUGAGUGUUAAUGAUGCAUUACAGGCUAAUAUGAAGGAUAAGAGUUAUCUUGAUGAGUUAAUCUUGGAUUGGGAUGACAGGUGUACUGAUGGUGUUAUACAAAGUGGUUCAACAAUACAUGAUAUACUCAACAAGUUACUACCUCAUCCAAAUUUAAAACAGCUCUCGAUCAGAAACUAUCCUGGUGUAAGAUUUCCAAAUUGGCUUGGAAAUCCUUUAGUCUUGAAUCUCGUGUCCCUUGAGCUUCGGGGUUGUGGCAAUUGCUCAACAUUGCCACCACUUGGGCAGCUAACCCAUCUUAAAUAUCUACAAAUUUCAAGAAUGAAUGGAGUAGAGUGUGUGGGUAGUGAGUUUCAUGGGAAUGCUUCCUUUCAAUCCCUAGAAACACUAUCAUUUGAGGAUAUGCUGAAUUGGGAGAAAUGGUUAUGUUGUGAAGAAUUCCCUCAUCUCCGGAAGCUUUCUAUGCGAUGUUGUCCCAAACUCACUGGGAAAUUACCAGAACAGCUUCUUUCAUUGGAGGAACUUCAAAUUUAUAAUUGUCCGCAGCUACUUAUGACUUCGCUCACAGUUCUUGCCAUCCGUGAAUUGAAGAUGGUGAAUUUUGGUAAAUUGCAGUUGCAAAUGGUAGCUUGUGACUUCAUAGCUCUUCAAACUUCAGAAAUUGAAAUUUUAGACGUGUCUCAGUGGAAGCAACUUCCAGUGGCACCACACCAGCUCUCAAUCAGAAAAUGUGAUUAUGUGGAGUCUCUACUAGAGGAGGAAAUCUUGCAAAGCAACAUUUAUGAUCUGAAAAUCUAUGAUUGUAGUUUUUCUAGAUCCCUGCACAUAGUUGGUUUACCCACUACAUUGAGAUCACUAUCAAUCUCUCAAUGUUCCAAACUAGAGUUUCUCCUACCUGAGUUGUUCAGAUGUCAUCUCCCAGCCCUUCAAAGGCUGAGGAUCUUUGGUGGUGUUAUCGAUGAUUCUCUCUCGUUAUCCUUCUCAUUAGACAUCUUCCCUGAGUUGACUCAUUUCGCAAUCAAUGGUCUUAAGGGGCUUAGGAAGCUGUUCAUCUCGAUUUCAGAGGGGGAUCCCACAUCUUUAUGUGUCUUGGGAAUCCAUAUCCAGGAGUGCCCUAAUCUUGAAUCUAUCGAAUUGCCUGGUAUCAAAUUGGAGUAUUGUUGGAUCUCUAGUUGCUCCAAGCUUAGGUCUUUGGCAGCAAUGCACUCAUCUAUACAGGAGUUGUGUUUAUGGGAUUGUCCAGAAUUGUUGUUUCAGAGAGAGGGUGUGCCUUCCAAUCUAAGUGAACUUGUGAUUGGGAACUGCAACCAACUCAUGCCCCAGAUGGAGUGGGGUUUGCAAAGGCUGACCUCUCUUACACGUUUAAGAAUGGAAGGUAGUUGUGCAGACUUUGAAUUAUUUCCCAAGGAGUGUCUGUUGCCCUAUUCUCUAACUUGUCUUGAAAUUGUAGAGCUUCCCAAUCUCAAGUCUCUUGACAAUUGGGGGCUUCAACAACUCACCUCUCUUCUAGAAUUAGGGAUCAUAAACUGCCCAGAGCUCCAGUUCUCAACAGGAUCUGUUCUUCAACACCUUAUCUCUCUCAAAGAAUUACGAAUUGAUGGAUGCCCAAGGCUCCAAUCCUUGACAGAAGUGGGUCUUCAACAACUCACCUCUCUUGAAAGAUUGUAUAUCCACAACUGCCAUGAGCUCCAGUACUUGACAGAAGUGGGUCUCCAACACCUCACCUCUCUUGAAACAUUGUAUAUCAACAAUUGCCCUAAGCUCCAACACUUGACAAAACAGAGACUACAAGAUUCCCGGGGUCUUCAACACCUCAUCUCUCUCAAAUAUUUGGGAGUGGAGAACUGCCCAAUGCUCCAAUCCUUGAAAAAAGACGGUCUUCAACACCUCACCUCUCUUAAAGCAUUGGAUAUCAGAAACUGCCGUAAGCUCAAAUGCUUGACAAAAGAGAAGCUUCCAGACUCCCUCUCUUAUCUGAUUGUUAGGGAGUGUCCUUUACUGGAAAAACGGUGUCAAUUUGAGAAAGGGGAAGAAUGGUGUUUUAUAGCACACAUUCCAGAAAUAGUGAUCAAACAUGUGCUAUUUUAAUGGAAGUGGCACUCCACCAAUGUACAGUCAGGUGACUUUUCCAAGGAAGUGGAAUCUGAAGGAAGGUUAGAUUGUUCUGAUUUUGGGAGGGUUUUGCCUGUGGAGGAAGGGAGAGAUUCCUGGGUGCUGAACAGUUGAUGCACAUUGCUCUGUUCAAGAUGAAUAAGAAACUCAGAGGCACAAGGAUCAGUCUCAGCCAUGUCAAAAGCAAAAGGAAAAGCUGAAGCUGAAGAUAUCAUGUAUAAAAACAGAGGAAUUUCCAUUGAAGAAGACAACAUCAGAAAGUACACUGCACCUGCAUAUAGAGCUGCUGAGAUGUGGGGAUUUGUUCAGGAGGGAACCUAUAAAUGAGAAGGUAGACGUUUGGCACAGAGAAAAGAUUGAAGCAACAGGCUGGGAACUUCAGUAAAGAAAAUCCAAUUCCUCUGGCCCAGACUCUAAUCCAUGGCAGGCUUUCUCUGAGGUAGGUGCCCAGACAACAAUAGCGAGUCUGUUGGGUUUAGAAAUGGUCAUCACAACAAACCAGCCACAGAAGCAACUUCUGGCCCUGAAACUUGGGAUUUUGGAACAGAGAGUUUUUACAGCCACCCCUGCUGCCAGCUCUAACAUUUCCAGACCCCCCAUUGGAGGCAAUAAUGCCCAGCUGUUUGGUGACAAAGAAGAUUGAGGGCAAGCUGGCUACUCAACCUGCUGGAUGGGCCGGUUUCUAACUUAUUUG